GGUUUUCUCAGAGUCACGUGAUCUUUCAAAAUGGCUGACAGCGGUAAAGAGACGCAAAAUGAAAAGCCGCAACUUGACUCUACAGGUGAAGCUGACCUCAGAAGUGUACUAGUUACGAGUGUCUUAAAUUUAGACCGACUAGACACCGACCUAUACAGAGGGACCCAUCACUGGAUUCCUCGCACCAAACGUCUUUUCGGAGGCCAGAUUGUUGGACAGGCUCUGGUGGCUGCAGCCAAAUCUGUCAGUGAAAAUGUCUAUGCUCAUUCACUGCACUGUUACUUUGUUAGGGCAGGAGACCCAUCGGUGCCUGUUCUGUAUCAGGUGGAGAGGAUUCGCGAUGGCCGAAGUUUCUGCGUGCGAUCCGUUAAAGCAAUCCAGCACGGUCAGCCCAUACUGAUAUGUCAGGCGUCCUUCCACAUGUUGCAGCCCAGUCCACUAGAGCAUCAGUUCAUCAUGCCCAACGUCCCCCCACCUGAUUCACUGCUUACUAUAGAGGAACUUAUUCAGCGAUACCUCAGUGACCCAAAUCUGGCAGACAAUGCACGGCAGGGACUAAAUAAAUUACUGGCUGACGAAGUUCCUAUUGAGAUCAAACCCAUCAAUCCACCUGAUUUUUACAAACGCACUGCCAUGGAACCAAAGAAACUGUUUUGGGUACGAGCGAGAGGACAUAUUGGAAAGGGUGACAUGAAACUGCACUGUUGUGUAGCAGCAUAUGUUUCCGACUACUUUUUGCUGGGCACAGCGUUGUUACCUUACCCAAAGUACAGGGCUCAGUUUUCAGCCUCUCUGGAUCACGCCAUGUGGUUUCACAGCACGUUCAGAGCAGAUGAAUGGAUGCUGUAUGAAUGCGAGAGCCCCUGGGCUGGAGGCAGCAGAGGUUUCGUUCAGGGCCGCAUGUGGAGACAGGAUGGUGUGCUUGCAGUUUCCUGUGCUCAGGAAGGUCUAAUGAGAGUAAAGGCUGUGUCUCAAAGUAAAUUAUGAAGGAGCUAACAUAUAAUAAUUUUAAGUAAUAUUGUAUUGACAAAUUGAGAUGUCUCAUAAUAGUUUUGUGAUUCAAGAUGUCAGUUUUGUUUGUCAUGUUACAAUGUACAAUGUCAUUGUACAAGUUUGAAAAUGAAGUAAUACUGACAAAGACCGCUGGAGGUCAUGAUGUCUGCUGUAUUGCACAUUGGCCUGCAUUGCCGUAUAAUUAUGACAAAAAAUCACUUAUGUACUUAUUUGUCCCUUGCACUAACAGGUAAAGGUGAAAUUACUUUUAUUGGAAGACAGUGAUUUAGUAUUUACAAUUUAGAAUGCCUUUGCUCUGUGUUUUGUAUGAAACGAAAGUGCAAUUUUAAGGACUUAUUUAAUAUAUUCUGGACCGAUUUCUUUAAAGUAGAAUUGUAAAUAAAUAUUAACAAACA